CCUACUCUUCAAUUGAACUCCACUCCUAUAUCCUAUCUCAAACAUCUUCACUACCCAAACCUUAUCUCCUUCCCUCCUCCAAACUUACAACCAUGGCAUCAACAACAAUGGCUACUCUUAAUCUUCCAUCUCUUACCUCUCACCCAACACAUUCACAAUUCCCAAAACACCAACAAUCUCUUCAGUUCCCCUUCCGCACCAACCCAAUUCCCUUCUCAUCUUCUUCAACUCGCCUCCGUCCUAUCUCAGCAGUUGAAACCCCAGAAAAAAUUGAACAAUUGGGUUCUCAGCUCUCAAAUCUCACCCUUGAAGAAGCAAGAGUAUUAGUUGAUUGGCUUCAAGACAAAUUAGGGGUUUCUGCUGCAUCAUUUGCACCUGCUGCAGUUGUUGCUGCACCAGGUGGUGCAGGUGCUGAUGCUGCUCCUGCUGUUGAGGAGAAAACUGAAUUUGAUGUUUCAAUUGAUGAAGUACCCAGUAAUGCUAGAAUUGCUGUUAUUAAAGCUGUUAGGGCUUUGACUAGCUUGGGACUUAAAGAGGCUAAGGAACUGAUUGAAGGUUUGCCGAAAAAAUUGAGGGAAGGUGUUUCUAAAGAAGAUGCUGAAGAUGCUAAGAAACAGCUUGAAGAAGCUGGUGCUAAGGUUUCUAUUGUUUAGUUGAUUUUGAAUUGUUUUUAUGUAAUAUGGUAAAUGUGGAGGUUUAGAUUGAUUGCUGUAAUCAUGGGGUUUUUUGUUUUGUUAUUUUGUGGUAUUUUUGAGAAGUCAAACUGAUUAAAAUGAUUAUUUUGAAGAUAGAAAAUGGCUGUUUGCUCAUUGCAGUGCUGA